AUGCCGGAUAUUCUCUACCACUUUAACUGGACCCCCCAGUUGUGGUUUGGUACGCUCGCCCCCAAUUCCAUUCAUUCGUUUGAGGAUUUACAGACACGUUUCUUGAGGCAGUUCGCAAGUUCGCGAAGGGUUGGGAAGUCAGCUCUUUCCUCGAUGGACAUAAAACAAGAUCAAAACGAAACACUACGGGAGUAUAUUGCCAGGUUCAACCUCGCUGCUCUGGAGGUGCCAGAGGCAGAAUCACAGAUUAAAAACUGUGCUUAUGUCAGAGGAUUAAAGUCGGGGCUCUUCUUCGACGAGCUACAAAUCAGACCGGCCCAGGAUUUCGACGAUAUCAUGGCUAGACUGCCAGGGUACUUACAACUGGAAGACGCCAGGAUGGCGCGGAAGGCGGAGAAUGACAAAAACAAGGCUAAAAAGGCCAAAGACGCACCAGAAAGAAACAGCAGAAAUCAUGACCGGGCUCCUUUCAGAGGGCUGCCCCCGAGGGUACCUCCUCCCCAGGCAGAGGUGCCACCUCGCCAGCAGCGUACUGUAAACGAAGUUAAUCGUUUUGACGAAUACACCCCCUUGAACAAACCUCAGGAGGAGAUUUUCCACUUGAUCAAGAAUCAGCCAUUCUUCAUGGCACCCGAAACUUAUAGAGAUGGACAGCCACAACAAGGGCCUAACAACAAGCUGUGUGAAUAUCACAACUCCUAUGGGCAUUACACCAAGCAUUGCGGGCAUCUUAAGCACCAACUGGAGCUUUUGGUACGUCAGGGUAACCUAGACCAGUUUAUAGCCAAAGGGAACGAGGACCAGGGUCAAAGGCCGGAACAGGAAAAUGAUCGGAGGCAAGAUCAGGGGAAUAACAGGGAUCGUAGGCCAGAGGAAAAUCGUUACAACCGCAAAGGAGCAGCAGAGGGUCGGGUACCUCCCUUCCCGUACCGAAGAGAAGUACACAUGAUCUUUGGGGAAAAUGGGAUACCAAUAUCCAAUAGGGCCAAGAAACAAGACGUACGCGCAAUAAAAUCAGGGUACUAUCCCAAGCAAGUGAUGGGAAUUACGGAUGUAGCAGAGGAGCCAACCAUCACCUUCGGAUCAGAGGAUCUGAGAACGCUUAUGUACCCACACGACGAUGCGCUGGUGAUCACAGCCGACAUAGCCGGUUGCAUCGCCUAUCGUACUUUCGUGGAUUCGUGCAGUGCAGUAAAUAUUUUAUAUCUGGAGUGUCUCCAGAACAUGGGGGUCGACGCCAAUAUCGAACCAACGAACGCCCCGUUAUUCGGGUUUGGGGGAGAAAUGGUUAUGCCAAUAGGGUUUGUGGAACUGUCGUUAAGUCUUGGCAACGCGGAUGCCAACAAGACCAGGGUAAUACGAUUCUUGGUAGUGGAUAUGCCGAAACCAUCCUACAACGUGAUACUUGGACGCCCUGCUUUGACGGCAUUCCGAGCAGUUAUCUCGGUGUUCCACCUAAAGAUGAAAUUCCCCAUAGGAGGGGGAAGAGUGGGGGAAGUAUGGGGCAACCAGAAAAUGUCAAAAGAAUGCCAUGUGCGGAUGCUUACACACUCUUCGGGGCGGAAAAGAGAAAGGAUAGCAGAGGGACCAGGCACUCGGAAAAAAGAGAAGGUGGGCGAAAUUACUGCUUCGGCAGAGGAACGACAUGAGUUGGCGGGAUUGUUGAAAGAUCGGGAUAGCACAGAGAAACCCGUUCUGGUGUCCACCAGUGAUGUGUGCAACGUGAUAGAAUUAUUUCCAGGGCGAGAAGGCUUCCAGACUAAGAUCGGGUCUUCCAUGAAUGAACAAACCAGAGAGGAGCUAGUCAGUUGCCUUCAGAGAAAUGCGGAUGUGUUCGCCUUCAGCACAGCCGAUUUAAAGGGAAUAGACAGAAAGUUGGCAGAGCAUUGCCUCAAUGUGGAUCCCAACGUCAAACCAGUGAAACAAAGAACGAGACACUUUGGGGCUGAGAAAGACGCCGCAAUCAGAGAACAAGUAUAG